CAUAGAUACCGUCGGCUAAUAACGCAAUGUUGGCGAUAUUUUUAACAUCAUUGUCACAUGCGAUUUCCCUAACGCGGACGCGUACGACUCGUAAUUCUAAGUUGUUCAUUUUUUCUUUUUUUUUCUAUCGAUGUGAAACCGUUAAGUGAUAUUGCGCUCGGUGCGUGUACUCUAUUUGUAGCAAAGUUUUUCGAUUUAAUUGGAUGCUUCGUGCGAUUAAAUGGAACAUUUAGUGCAAUUGCGUGCAAUCGGGGCUCAUGAUUUGUGUUGGACAAAACGUUGACUGCGAUCAAAUCGGUUGCUGUAUAUAAUAUAGAAUGUUACAGAUAUGUACAGAAGAGUGUUCAAAUAAUGCUACCUUAUUAAAAUUGUGGUGUCAUGAAAUACAGCGGGUGAUAUUCGAUAAACUCGCGAGUACUAUGGACAAAAAUUGGUUCACGGAAACUGUCAAAACCAGCUCAGGAGAUUUUCUGAUACCAGAAAUAUUUCAAUUAUUCUCAGAUGAUAUGAGUGCAAAUUUGUUUGUGCGUGACGUAGCCGAAGAAACCGGUGAUGAGCCUGAUGAUUAUGUAUCUGAAAAUCCUAAAAUAUAUGAACAUAUUGACAAUUUCGAAGUAUUAGAAGCUAGAAUGUUAAUGUACAUGAAUCAUAUGAACGAGGUACUACAAGGAUCUUCAAUGGAUUUAGUAUUUUUCAAAGAUUGUUUACUCCAUCUUGUUAUUAUAUCCAUAUACUAUGAAUACCCCGUGUAAACAGUUUACUUGUGGGUGUUGGUGGUUCUGGACGUUAAUUUGAUUUUUGAAAUUCCAAAGUGAAGAUGCCAAGGAAAUGGAGCUAAAUAAUUGUGAACCCCGUUUUAAUAGCGUCUAUAAUACGUGGAUUAUUCUCCCCGGCCCCCUCCGUCCAACAAGCCAAACCAUUAUAUGUUACUGUAACUUACAUGUUACUACUAUUCAUUGAAACGGCGACCGUCGUUGAAAUUACUAAAAUA